CAUCAAGAACUUACAAGACAAAUUUACAAAAAGAAAAGGGGGAAAGAGAAGACAAAAGGUUUUGGGCCCCUUCCCACCUCACAAGGAAGAAACCAAGACAAAAAAUAAAAAAGAACCCAGAAAAACCUCUUUCCUUUGCUUUGCACAAAUUGUGCUUUUUUCUUUCAUUGAUUCCUAUCGGAAUUCAGCACCUCAAAAGCCAAAACCCACAUAAAGGUGUCCUUUCUCCCGAUUCUUUUGCAGUUGAGAUGACAUAAAAUUAUCGAGAGAGUUAAUUGUGCUGUCAUGAGUACGGAGUUUUACCCAUUUGUGAUUCUUUAGGGUUUUCGACUUGGUGUUUAUAGGUGAUUGAUUGUGUUUGUGCAAUAAAAGAGAGAUGCAAACAGAUAAAUCAGAGCAGAUGAGAUCGGUGGCAGCGGAUACUCGAGGGAAACACAGAAUUUCGGCUGAAUUGAAGAGACUUGAACAAGAAACUCGCUUCUUGGAGGAGGAAUUGGAUCAGCUUGAAAAAAUGGAAGCAGCAUCGGCUGCAUGCAAGGAAAUCCUAAGUAAUGUGGAAACAAGGCCGGAUCCACUACUUCCAAUCACAAAUGGGCCCACAAAUCCAUCAUGGGAUCGAUGGUUUGAGGGACCUCAAGAUAAAUCGGGUUGCAGAUGUUGGAUACUUUAACAAAUAUUCUUCGUAAAUUCAUUGGAUUUCAUUUUGGGAUUCGUGCAAUGAGUGGAAUUUGUACAAAUCUCAUUACAGAUAACAGAAAACAAAACAGGCUUCUUUUCCCAAAUGGGUCAUUGUGCAGAAACGUCAAAUUCUUUUUCAUUUGUAGAGGAAACUAAAGGGUUUUAGGGUUUUUUUUUUUUUUUUUUUUUUUUUUUUUUUUUUAUUGUGGGUUUAUUUUGUUAUCAAAGUAUUGUCGAUUUUUUUUUCAGAUAAUUAUGGUUUUUGUGAUUAAAAGUUUGAAUCUUUUAUGUUACAUUGUUUAAUUAAAGAUCAUGCGAAUCUUUAUGUUACAUUGUUUAAUUGAAGAUAUGAAGAAAAGGAUGCUUUUUGGAAGUGGGUUUUUCUUUUUUCCAAGUUAUUGUGAUUUUGGCAAUCAAGUUAAAAUCGGAUAAUUAAAGAUUAACAUUGGGUAAUCUUGUAAUUAGUCUCUAAACUAAUUUUAUUUUCUUUAGUUGUGACUUCGGACUACAAUUGAAGUAUGCAUAGAAGAGAAACGAUGGCGUGUAAUUAUUUUUUAUUUUAGUCGUAGAAUAUUGGGAAUACUGUGGGCCUUGUAUAAAAUUAUUAAUCGAGUUUUAUUGUAUAUGAUUCAUAUCCUCCUUAAUAAAUGAAUGUUUUUUUUGCCA